AUGUAUCUCUAUAAUCUUACGCUCCAACGGGCGACGGGCAUAAGUCACGUCAUAUUCGGCAACUUCUCAGGGACGAAGGAGCAGGAAAUAGUGGUCGCGAGAGGGAAGAUUCUCGAGCUAUUACGGCCAGAUGCCGCGGGAAAACUGCAGAGCCUGUACGCGGUGGAAGUAUUUGGCGAGAUUCGCUCGCUCGUCCAAUUCCGGCUCACCGGCUCCUCUAAGGACCUCAUUGUCGUGGGAUCAGAUUCUGGCCGAAUUGUUAUAUUGGAGUACAACCGAGAGAAGAAUCUCUUCGAUAAGAUACACCAGGAGACCUAUGGCAAGUCGGGAUGUCGCCGGAUCGUCCCUGGUCAAUUCCUGGCCGUGGAUCCGAAAGGACGAGCGGUCAUGAUCGCAGCCUGCGAGAAGCAGAAGUUCGUGUACGUUCUGAACCGCGACAGCUCGGCGCGCCUCACGAUCUCAUCCCCGUUAGAAGCGCACAAAUCGCAAACCCUAGUCUUCUCCGUCGUGGGCGUGGACUGCGGAUUCGACAACCCCAUUUUCGCCGCCAUAGAGCUCGAUUACGCCGAUGCCGAUCAGGACCCGUCAGGCCAAGCAGCAGCCGACGCGCAGAAGCAGCUGACCUUCUACGAGCUUGAUCUGGGCCUGAACCACGUCGUGCGGAAAUGGGCCGAGCCGGUCGACAACGGCGCGAAUCUCCUCGUUGCGGUCCCGGGCGGCGCGGACGGGCCGUCUGGCGUGCUGGUGUGCGCCGAGAAUUUCGUGAUUUACAAGAACCAGGGCCACCCGGACGUGCGCGCCGUCAUUCCGCGCCGCGCCGACCUCCCCGCGGAGCGCGGCGUGCUGAUCGUCGCGGCCGCGACGCACAAGCAGAAAUCGAUGUACUUUUUCCUCCUCCAGUCCGAAUACGGCGACGUGUUUAGGGUUACCCUAGAGCACGACCCCAAGGACACGGACCGCGUGACGGAGCUGAAGAUUAAGUACUUCGACACGAUCCCGGUGGGCGCGGGGCUGUGCGUGCUGCGCGCGGGGUUCCUGUUCGCGGCGUCGGAGUUCGGCAACCACGCGCUGUACCGCUUCCAGGGCAUCGGGGACGACGAGGAGGUGGAGUCGAGCUCCGCCACGCUCAUGGAGACAGACGAGGGGUUUCAGCCCGUCUUCUUCCACCCGCGCCGCCUCAAGAACCUGGUUCAGAUCGACGAGGUGGAGUCGCUGAUGCCUCUGCUCGACCUCAAGGUCUCCAACCUCUUCGACGAGGAGACCCCGCAGGUCUUCGCGCUCUGCGGUCGCGGCCCGCGCUCCUCCCUGCGCAUUCUCCGCCCGGGGCUCGCAGUCACUGAGAUGGCAGUAACGCAGUUACCAGGCGUGCCGAGUGCGGUGUGGACGGUGCGCAAGAGCGCGCAGGACGAGUUCGACGCGUACAUCGUGGUGUCGUUUGUGAAUGCCACGCUCGUGCUCAGCAUCGGCGACACGGUUGAGGAAGUCAGCGAUUCCGGGUUCCUGGACACCACUCCCUCACUCGCCGUGUCUCUCUUGGGAGAGGACUCGCUCAUGCAGGUGCACCCAAGCGGCAUUAGGCACAUCAGGGCGGACGGGCGCAUCAACGAGUGGAAGACACCCGGCAAGAAGAGCAUCGUCAAAGUCGGCUGCAACCGCUUCCAGGUGGUAAUCGCCCUAUCAGGCGGCGAGCUGGUUCACUUUGAGAUGGACGUGAGGGGGCAGAUGGUGGAGAUGGGCAAGAAGGACAUGCCGGGGGACGUUGCCUGCCUUGACGUCGCCCCAAUCCCCGAGGGCCGCCAGCGAGCGCGCUUCCUGGCCGUGGGAUCGUACGACUCGACCGUCCGGAUCCUCUCUCUGGACCCCGAUGAGAACAUGCAGGUGCUAAGUGUGCAGGCGGUAUCUGCCCCACCAGAGUCCCUUCUCUUCCUCGACGUCCCCACAGGGCCUGGCACAGAUGGCCCCUCCUCCACCGCAGCCGCCGCCUCCUCCUCCUCUGCUGCCGCCCACAUGCCGUCCAGCCUCUUCCUCAACGCCGGCCUGCAGAACGGUGUGUUGCUCCGCACAGAGGUGGAUAAAAACUCCGGGCAGCUUUCCGAUUCGCGCACGCGCUUCCUCGGGCUGCGCGCGCCGAAACUUUUCGGUGCCCAGCUGAGGGAGCGGCGAGCCAUGCUGUGCCUUUCCAGCCGCCCGUGGCUCGGGUACUCACUUCUGGGAAGCUUCCAUUUGACACCUCUGUCCUAUGAGGCUUUAGAGUAUGCUGCUCCGUUUGCAUCGGAUCAGUGUCCAGAGGGUAUUGUGGCGGUGGCAGGGGAAACGCUGCGGGUUUUCACGGUGGAACGCCUUGGAGAGGUUUUUAACCAGACGGUUAUUCCGCUAAGGUACACCCCGCGCAAGGCUGUACUGCAUCCCCGUUAUAAGAACAUUGUUACUAUAGAGAGCGACCAGGGCGCUUUCUCGGCGGAAGAGAGGGAGGAGCUGCGGAAGGAAGCGAUUGAAGUGACGGGAGCUGCAGAGCGGAUGGAGGAGGAGAGGCGAGAGAGGAAAGAGGCUGCGAGGGCAGCGAGAGGGGCCCGAGGGGAAGACGGAGAGGAGGGGAUGGAAGAGGAGGAGGAAGAGGAGGAAGAGGAGGAGGACGAGAAAGCCAAAGACCCGCUACCGGACGAGCAAUUCGGGUACCCGAAAACGGUCCCGUCGAAAUGGGCGUCGUGCAUCCGGGUGAUCAACCCCAAGGCAGGCGAGACGACAUGCCUCAUGGAGCUCUCAGACAGCGAGGCAGCCUUCUCGCUCUGCACGGUCAAUUUCCACGCGGAUAAAACCGAGGGCGGGGCGGCAGCAGGGCAGUACCUGGUAGUCGGCACGGCGAAAUCCCUCCAGUUCUGGCCCAAGAGGAACCUUCUGGGAGGGUUCCUCCAUGUGUAUAAGUUUAAGGGAGAGGACGGGAGGGAGCUGGAGUUGGUGCAUAAGACGCCGGUGGAAGGAGGGGUGCCCACUGCCCUGUGUGCGUUCCAUGGAAGGCUUUUGGUGGGGGUGGGGAAUGUGUUGAGGAUAUAUGACCUUGGGAAGAAGAAGCUGCUGAGGAAGUGCGAGAACAAGCAGUUUCCGCAUGCGAUCGUGAGCAUCCACGCGUGCGGCGAUCGCAUCUACGUGGGCGACGUGCAGGAGUCGUUCCACUACGUGCAGCACAGCCGGCAGGAGAACCAGCUGUACGUCUUUGCAGACGACGUCACGCCGCGCUGGCUGACCUCGGCGCUGCGCAUCGACUUUGACACCAUGGCGGGCGGGGACAAGUUUGGCAACGUGUGUCUCGUGCGCCUGCCGGGGGAGAUCUCUGAAGAGAUUGAGGAGGACCAAACGGGCGGGCGUGUCAAGUGGGACGCUGUAGGAGGGGGACGGCUCAAUGGCGCACCCAACAAGCUUGAGCAGGUGAUUCAGUUCCACGUGGGUGACAUCGUCACAGCCAUGCAAAAGACCUCGCUCAUUCCAGGUGGCAGCGAGUGCGUCAUCUACAGCACGAUGCUGGGGGGGGUGGGGGCGCUGCUGCCCUUUGUCUCACGGGAGGACGUGGAUUUCUUCUCGCACCUCGAGAUGCACCUGCGCCAGGAGCACCCUCCCCUCGCCGGCCGCGAGCACGUCGCCUACCGAUCCGCCUACUUCCCUGUCAAGGAUGUAAUUGAUGGGGACUUGUGCGAGCAAUUUCCAUCACUUUCGCUGGAGCUGCAAAAGAAGAUUGCGGAAGAGCUUGAUCGCACGCCAGGAGAGAUUCUCAAGAAGCUAGAGGACAUAAGAAACAAGAUUCUCGCGGGCCACGUGGUGCACCUGGUCUCGCGCCUCACGGGGGACUCCUCCCCUUCUUCCGCGCAUGGCGCGCGCGGGGGCGCGGAGGGGGAGGGGAUUCGCGGAAGGGCAAGGCUGUUGCGCGGGGGACAGGGGAGGGGCGGAGCAGGGGGAGAGAGGGGCAGCGGCGGCGGUAUGGGCGGGAUACGCAUCGUUCCGGGGGGAGGCUUGGGUCAUGUGCAGAUUGGCGGCCUGCCUGCCUCUGGAACCGUUCAUCUGGGCACGUUCAACCUUCAAUCGGACGGCUCGCAGGGCCUUCCGGACUUGAACCAGAUCGUGUCGGGUGUGCUGUCAUCCAUCGGCCUCGGGGCCUUGGGGCUGGGGGGCAUGGGGGACGGCAUGGGGGGAGGCAUGGGGGUAGUUUUGGGGGGGGGCAUGGGAGGAGGGGGAGCAGGGGGUGGGCGAGUGGGGGGGGGUGGAAGCGAGGCAGCAGGUCCCAGUGCGAAUGUCACGAUUGACAUUGCUCCCAUCUCGAUGCGAGCCACUCAGGCUCUCAGACGCCCCUCCCCGGCUGCACACGGUAAUGCUGCCCACGGCGCUCAGACCACCGAUGCUGCUGCUGCGACUUCGGAUGGAGGUGCAGGCAGGGAUGGGGGAGGAAGGGCGGAAGAAGAGCAAGCAGGGGAGCAGAGAGCGGGGAUGGAGCAAGGCGGGGGUGACGCUGGGGAACGGAGGGAGGGAGCAGAAGGGGCAGAGGGUAGAGGGGGCGGGGUGCCAGAGGUGCAAAUUCACAUGGACACCAUGGGUGUGGGCGGCAGCAUGGGCGUUGCUGGCCUGCCUCUCAUGAUGGCUCUUGGCGGCAUGGGACCAGGGGGGGUGGGGGGCCUGGGGCACCAUGGGGAGGAGCAGGAGGAGCGGGGUGCACGGCAGCAGCAGCAGCAGCAGCAAGGAGCGGGGCAUGCAGGGAGAAGGGACGCCCUUUCCACUGUGGACGAGUAUAUAUCACGCGUGGAGGGUCAGCUGAGGCCGUCAGAGCAGCUGGAGCACUUGCCGCCUGUGGGUGCUGCUGCUGCUUCUGCUGUGACUGAUUCAGGAGCAACAGGCACACCAGAAGCAGGAGGGGCAGCAGGAUCAGCAGGGGCGCGAGCAGGAGCAGGAGGAGAAGCAGGAGAACUAGAAGCAGUAGCAGAGGCGGCGAUGAGAGAGGCAGUGGAGGGCACGGUGCGGUUCAUGCGCCCCCAGCUGCUGCCAGGGGCGGGCGCAGGGGGGGAGGUGCAGGCGCAGGGGGGAAGCAUAGCGAGGGGGAUGGGCACACAAGAAGGGGUCCCGGGUGCACAGGCAGGGGGGGUGGCUGCACAGGCAGGGGGGGUGGCUGCACAGGCAGGGGGGGUGGCUGCACAGGCAGGGGGGAUGGGCAUACCUGCCGGGGGGGUGGGGGUGCAAGCAGGGGGGCUUGAGGCGCUGCUGGGAGGGCUGGGAGGCUUGGGUGGUCGAGAGGGAGAAGCACGGGUGGUGGGCAACGGAGGCGGGGCAGCAAGCAGGAGUGUAGGUGGGGCGGAGGGGUGUGGGGCGGGUGGAGCAAUGAGGUCCAGUCAAGGGGGAGGCACGUCUGCCAAGGAGAGAGGCAAGGCCCUUUCAGAUGCUGUUGCUGCUGGAAAUCUGAGCUUGGAGGAAUCAAAGGAGUGGGAGAGGGUGAUGGAGGCGGAUGACGUGGCACAGCGCCACAUGGCGCCGCAAGAGGGGCUGUCGGAAGCAUAUCUGAGCGGGAGGUCGAGGAGGACAGGCAGAGAGCUCCAGCAACACUUGGGCUCGCCUCAACCGCGCGUCGCAAACAUCAACGAAGCAUUUGAAAGGCAUGGGGUCCCUGCUUCUUGCGAAAAGCAGAUUGCACAGGACGAUGGUAAUCCUCCAGCCAGCUCUUUGGGAGCAACAAAUUCUGUUCAGGUGCCUUCGCGCCGUCGGUUGCGGGAGGAGAACGGCACUCAGGAUGAGGAAGAUGGUGUGAAUCGUAGCUUUAGGGGCUCCAAGCAUCACAAGAGCAUGGAAAGUGCAUGA